AUGUCUUCAACAACCACAUCAACAAAUAAAAGAAAACAAACACAAACAAAAAGUAAAAGUAAAAAUGAGAACAAACCUUUGACAACAGCAACAACAAAACCAACAACAACAAAACCAAAUAUUAGUAAAGAAAAACAAUCAAAACCACCACAAACUACGACAACAACAACAACAAAGUCUCAGACACCAGAAACAAGUAAAUCAUCAUCAGCUAAAACAAAGAACAUUAGUAAUGUUAAUAAAAAAGUAAAACUUGAUAAAGACAACAAUAAUAAUAAUAAUAAUAAUAAUGUAAAGAAAGAAAAAUCAUUAAAAAUAAAAAACAAAGUUGAACCAAAAAAAGAAGAAGAAGAAGAAGAGGUAGAGAAUGAAGAUAAUCUUGAUCAAGAAUUAGAAGGUGAAGAAUAUGAUGUAGCGAUGGAAGGCGAUGUUGAUGCUGAUGAGGGUGAAGAUGAAGAACUUGAUGCAUUGUUAAAGCUUGCCGAUGAUAUCUCAUCGAUUCAAGACGACAUUGAGAAGAUCGAGAAAAAGAUGGCUACAGAGAUAUUAAAGACAGAGUUGGAGAGGGAUAAAAAGAUAUCGGAAGUUGACAAAGAAGAGAGAUACAUUGAUCGAUAG